UUCAUGAAAUAUACACGUGUUCUAUGACUGAACGUUUGAAAAGUCAUGGUAGGACAAUUGAGGUCAGGGAGUUUUUCUGACGAAAUGCUGGUUCUGCCUUUUAGAUUUUAGCUAGUUAUGUUUUAUAUCUAGCAUUAACACACAAUGUUGUCGAAAUUGAGCGUUUUUGUGAAGAGAUCGUUCAGCAAGCACCUGUUGUUGACAAAUAUAGCCACAUACAGUUCCCUGCUUGCUCUCGGCGACUGUUUUGUACAACACAUCGAACAUCAUGCUGAGGGUGGCGAGAAGCAACCUUAUAACUAUCACAGAACGGGUCGUGUGUUUAUCCUGGGGGUGGCGAUGGCUCCUCUGAAUCAUGUGUGGUACAAGGUGUUGGACAGGGUGAUCACAGGAACAGGAGGGAAGGUGGCUGCCAAGAAAAUUCUCGCGGAACAAUUCUCUGCUGCCCCAUUCUUCCUCACAGCUUAUAUUACAGGUAUCGGUGCCCUGGAGAGAAAAAGUGGUCAUGAAAUUUAUCAAGAACUGAGCGACAAGUUUCUGUUUAUUUAUCUGGUUGACUGGUUUGUGUGGCCGCCAGCGCAGUUCAUCAACUUCUACUUCCUGCCAACUCAAUACCGCGUUGCAUACGUUUCCGUACUGACGCUAUGCUGGAACUGCUUUCUGUCCUAUGUUAAACACAAGAACCCAGAACCAGCUCUUCCUGCUAUAGAGAAGUCCUCCAAGAAACGUGACUGAAGUUGAGAGAAGGAUGUAGACAGGGCCACUAUGUUGCAGUGUUUCCAUCUCAUGAAUAUAUACUCAUAACGCUCUUUGGCCUUCCCAGAGUAUAGACUCAUAAUGCUCUUUGACCUUCCCAGAGUCACAGAUAAUCGACCAAUCAGAUUCAAGGCACAAGUAACUGUUUGCUCAAUCAGAAUUUGCUGACUGGAUUGCAGUGUGGCCUCCACAUGUGGAAACCUUUUAAUAGAAUUUUAUAUCUAUUCAGUAAAUCUUUAUGAUUCAUUAUUGUUGGAUGUUUCUUUUGUAAUGCCUUUUGUGUUUGGCAUGCUGAUGCUAACACAAUGAUAAUGAUAGUAAUAAUAAUAUACAUAAUCAAAACGCAGACCACUUCAGAAUGCCCAGUCCUUUCAGUUGUAUGGACAUGAUUCCUCCAUUUAAAGACAUCAGUAACAGAGAAGAGUAAUAUUCAGGUGUAUGAUAAAACUGGAAUAAAUAUAGCCUCAUACCUUACUAAGGUAUGUGGGUUAACAAGGUAUACACAAAGGCCAUUUUGGAUUGAGAAAUGUGUUUUUAAUUAAUGUGAUAUUCAGUCUUUUUUUAUGUUUGUUAUUUGCAGUGUGUAUGUGUUUAUUUGAGUUAUGUAUACCAUGCCCAGUAUUUUUACCCCAGUGAACAUGUGAAUGCUCUUCAUAAACAUAUAUUUUAAAGUUCAAUGAAUGUUGGCAUAAUGUCUCAGUGAAAGAGUACCUACAUACUAUCAUUGUUUGUUGGAAUGUGUCCGAAGAAAGUGGUUGUGUUUGGUGAAUAACAUUGUUAUGUUAUUAUUGAUUUAUUAGUUGUCCAAAAGCAAUAAACAGAAUAAUGAACUGUCA